AUGUCGCAUAUUUCAUAUAAUAAACAAUGGCAAGAUGCACAAAUUGCCAUGGUCGAUAUGUUGGCUAUCGAAACACCCGAACAGCCACGACUACCAGAAAACGAUAUCAAUGCAGCUUUUCAAUUAGUUGCAACUAUGUUUGUGAAAUAUGUACAAAUAUUUCGAAGAUUAGAACAAUGUUAUGAUCAAAUAGUACAUCCACAAAAACGACGAUUAAUACGUGUUGUUCUUGAUGGUUGUAUGGGACGAAUAAUUGAAUUAAAACAUGAAAUGAUUAGCAUGGAUUAUUCAGAAUAUCAUUAUUUUGAUGAUAUUCUUGCAGAUCUUAAAUUAACACCGAAUGAUCUUGAUAUUCCAAUUCCAAAUUAUUUCGUACUUGAACGUGCACAAGCAAUUGAAAAACGUGAACGUCUUCUUGGUCAAAUUUUAGCUCGAAUGACAUUAGAAAAUGAAACUCAAGAUACUAGUAGCAUCAUGACAAUGGAUGAUGCUAUUCGAAUAAUUCAAUCACAUGAACGAGCUCGUCAAGGACGAUUACGUGCUAAACAAAUAGGUGAAUUACGUCUUAAUGAUCAACGUGCACGACAACGUGCAAAUAUGGGAGAAUCAAAAAUGGAUAAAGUAUUAGCAGCAACAAUUAUUCAAAAAUAUUAUCGUCGUCAUGUUGUACGACGUGAAGUAAAAAAAUUUCGUGAAGAAGAAUAUAUGUUCUUAGGAAUGGCAAUGCCAACAUUUCAUAAAGAUCCAUUAAAACGUUUACUUGCUGAUGUACGAGCACAUGAAGAUGAAAGACGAAAACGACAAGAAAAACAUGAAAUAGCAUAUCAACAAGCAUUAGUAGCAACGCGUGAAAAAAUCAAACAAACUGAAGGACCAGAUAUGAAAGAACGUUUACAAGAUCAAAUUCGUCAAUGGUUUAUUGAAUGCAGAAAUGUUUCACAAAAAUUUCCCGAUUUUCCUGAUGAAGAUGAUGGUGGUUCAAAUAAAAUUUUUGAGAAAAAGACUGUUGAAGAAAUUCAAGAAGAUCUUGAUGCUAAACUUGAAAGUAAAGGCAAAGGAAAAGGUGAUAAAAAAGGCAAAAAAGGAAAAAAAGGCAAGAAAGAAAAGAAAGGAAAGAAAGGCAAAAAAGGCAAGAAAAAGAAGAAAGGAGAUGAUGAAGAAGGUUGGACAUUACCAGAAUCUCAAUUUGUUACUGAGAUGAUGAAACCAUCAACACAAACAUAUCAAAGUUUUUGGGAAACAAGAGAUGAAAGUAAUAAUUUUGAACAAAAUCAUGAUAAUGAAAUAGUUAAAGAAGAAAAACGCACUGAAGUUCAAGAAGAAAUACGUAUUGAAGUUGAUGCUUUAAUGCGUGAAGAAUUAAAAAAUUUAAAAGCGAAAGCAAAAAAGAAAAAGAAGAAGAAAGAAAAAGAUUUAACACCAGAUCGAACAAUUGAGUCUCUAUAUGAAGAACUUGUUAUGAAUCGUAUUAUAAUUCGUCCACCAAAAGUUACUCUUAAUGAUUUUCUUGGUGAUUUUAAUUAUUUACCAAGUCUUAUUCGUCAAGCUAAACAUGAACCAAUGCCAACAAUGUACGAUGUUAAACAAUUAACUGCCUUAUAUGGAAUUUUACCAUUCGGAUCAGAAAAAGUUCAUGAAAUAGCACCUCAAGUAAAAGGUCUUCUUAUUUGUGGACCUCGAGGAUGUGGUAAACAUAUGUUAUUACACGCUAUAUGUAAUGAAUUAGGUGCAAAUUUAUUUGAUAUAUCACCACAAAAUAUUUAUGAAACAUAUCGUGAAAAAGAAGGUAUUAAAAUGCUUAUGCAUUUAUGUUCAAAAGUUGGAAAAGCUUUACAACCAACUAUAAUUUUUAUUAAUGAUUGUGAAAAAUUAUUUAAAAAAAAACUAAAACCAGAAGAAAAACAAUUUGAACCAAAACGCUUAGCUAAAGCAUUACCAAAAUGGCUUAAGACAAUCAAACCUGGAGAUCGAGUUUUAUUAGUUGGAAUAUCACAUGAACCAUAUCAAGGUGUUGUUAAACCAAUGAUGAAAGCUUUUCAACGUGUUGUUUUAUUACCACGUCCUGAAUAUGGAACUCGUUUAUUACUAUGGAAAACGCUGAUUCCUAAAUAUGGUGGUAUAAUAACGCCAGCACUUGACUUAACAUCAUUAGCAAAACUAUCAGAUUCAUAUGCACCUGGACAUAUUCAUGAUACAAUUGUUGAAACAUUGACUGAACGACGUCUUGUUAAAAUGUCUAAACAUCCAUUACAAGCAAGUGAUUUUAUACCUGGUUUAGCACAUCAUAAUGCUAUUUAUAAAGAAGAAGAAGAUGCUUAUAAAAGUUGGUGGAAAAAAACUCCAUUGGGUAAAAAACGUGAACGAUUCUUAGAAGAUCAAGAAGAAGGCGGAGGUGAUGGUAAAGGAAAAAAAGACAAAAAAGGAGGUGGUAAAGGGAAAGGCAAAAAGGGAAAAGGCAAAAAGAAAAAAUAA